AUGAGGAUGAUCAGAUUCGCUUUACAAUCUGAUACCUUUCGCCUAGUGAGUUUGUGUACUACCGUAAAGGAGAUUUGGGAAAGUCUUAAGGAGUUAUAUUCCACCGAUGAGGAUCUUAAGCAUUCCAUCCAAACUCUUGUACUUUCGGAGUUUGGUGACUUCAAGCAAAAGCCAGAGGAAAGUCUUGUUCAAACAUUCAUUCGUUACAACCAUCUUCUCAGUAAGAUGAUUAAGCACGGUUACCAGGGAAAUCUUGUAGGAAUUCUCAAGUCACAUGAAAGUGUUGUGACAAAAGAAUCAAAAGUUGUCUCUAGUUUGGGCUCUUUGGCACUCGUGGCUAAAGGUAAAUCUGUGGCUGAUGAAGAACCUGAGACUGAUCUCUCGGAAUGUGAUCUUACUAGUGAAGAGUAUGCUUUAAUGGUGUCUAACCCCAAGCGGUUCGCAAGGAAGAAAUUCCCUUCUGCCAAGAACCGAAACUGGCAAGGAAGUUAUAGCUCCGAGAAGGCGAAGGAUGAGAUCAAAAAUACUCUCCAGAAGGAAGAAGAGAAGAAAGAAGGAAAAUUAGGAGAAGAUGAUGAAGAUUACUUCAUGCACAAGUUGGAGGAAAUCAAGAAAAAGAAAGACAAUGAUAAAUCUAUGUCUGCUUUGAUUGUACAGGAAGAUGUCGCAGAAAACGAGUUUGGAGGAGUAGAAGUUUGGUCUAGUGACUCGGAAGAUGAAGAAGUUCGUAAGACCACACUUGGCAUGGCAUUUGUUGUGAGGGAAGAAGGCUCUAAGAUUGUCGACAAAUGUUUGAUGGGAACAGAUGAUUAUGAGACUGGCAACAAAAUUCACAAAAUGAUUUUGCCUUUCCUUGAAUUAAAUGAAGAUGAAAUAGAUGCUGAUUUCUAUAAUUGUGAAUUAAUUGUCUCAUCAGAAGAAACUUCUAAAGCCUACAUAAUUGGAUUGGACAAAAUUGAGUCAUUUAUUAAGUCCAAAGACCAAAAGGACAUGCUCAGAAACUUACUGGAUGAAAAUGAUAGAUUGAAAAUAAAGACCGAAAUUGUACAGAAAUUUGAUUCAUCGAGUUCUAAGUUGAGUUCAGAUAACAAGAUUAAUGCUGAAAAUGCAUCUAAAUUUGAUGAGGACAGUGACAUGAGUGAAAUAUCUGUAGAGGAUGAGGUUGACUGUUCUGAAUUCAUUAAAACAAAACCUGAACCAACAAAAUUCCUUAUAUCCGAAAACUCUGUCGAGUUCACUCGAUUGUCUAAAGAAGGUCAAAGUCCUGAAAGAGAAGGUUGUGGUAUACCAAAAGGUACAAACCGUACCAAAUCAAGUAAACAAAAGGGUAGUUUCGCUCAUAAGUCAUCGGUUCCUAAAAGGUUCUCUGGGAAACACAAUCUUCCUCACUCUCAACCAAAGAAAACUCUUAUCAAUAACAUUAAAGGGAAGGGAAAGCUCGUCUCAGAUUCUAAAGUUCAAACAAAGAAGACGACAACUAACCAUAGGAAGGAUAAGAGAGAAUUUGUUAAGAAUCAACAUAAAGAAAAACAAACUGAUUCAAACAAAUUGAAUAACAAAAUCAUGGUUUUCACCAUUAAAAGGAAAGACGAAACCACUUUAAUAAAACAAAUGUAUAUGCUUGAUCUUUCUAUUGCUUUUCCUUGUUUUUUUGACAAUGAAUGGUAUAUAGAUAGCGGCUGCUUGUGUCAUAUGACAAGAAGAAAGGAAGAGGUGAGAGAGUUUCGUGCUCUCAAGGAUGGUGGCUAUGUAAAGUAUGGCAAUAAUUCUUUUGGAACAAUAAAAGGCUACGAGAUGAUCAUAAAUGGAGAUUUUUCAAUCCGGAAGGUGGCUUAUGUGGAAGGGUUGCAACACAAUCUAAUUAGUGUUUCACAAUUAGUUGUGAGAACUGGCCUAAAAGUAUCUUUUGAUGAUGAAGGAUCAGAAAUUAUAGAAAAAAAACCAAAUCAGUUCUAUUGA